AUGAACACUACGAUUCGCAAUUACACGAAUCGUCCAACUACCGACCGGCGGCUCAAGCCUAAACCAGGGAAAACGACCGAAUGCCAGCUCGGAACCAUUUCAGGGCUCCAGUGUCAGCGGGACCCACCUGGUACUCAGGACCACCCAAUAGCAACGCUCCAGACCGGGCCCGGCCAACCUGUUAUCGGUGCAAACAACCCAGGCAUCUUAUGGCCAGCUGUCCACUAA